UCAUCUCGUAGGCCAUUUUGUUUUUACAUUAAUCGUGCUGUGCUGAAAAAGAAAAUCCUAAGCUAAGCGCUAGCUAAACACAUUUUUUAAAAAAUUGCCAACAUUAUUGUUAUUUUAAUUAUAUUUUCAAUCAAAAUAUAACUAAUCCAAUCUAGAUAUGGGUCGGAAAAAGAAGAAGGCUUCCAAACCCUGGUGCUGGUAUUGCAAUCGAGAAUUUGAAGACGAGAAGAUUUUAGUUCAACAUCAGAAGGCGAAACAUUUCAAAUGCCAUAUCUGCCACAAGAAACUAUAUACAGGCCCCGGGCUAUCGAUUCAUUGCAUGCAGGUGCACAAGGAGACUAUUGACAAGGUACCGAACUCUCUGCCCAAUCGAUCGAAUAUAGAAAUCGAAAUAUUCGGCAUGGACGGUAUCCCGCCAGAAGAUCUACGAGAACACGAACGGCAAAAGAACGGUGGCAAAUCGGACUCUGAUGACGAUGAGCCCGUGGCCAAGAAGAAAGUUGAAGUUUCAUUAGCUGGUCCACCUCCUAUGAUGAUGCAAAAUAUGAUGCCACACAUGAUGGGCCAGUUUAAUCCGAUGGGACACAUGAUGGCGCCCAUGGGUAUGCCUCCUUAUAUUGGGCCGGGUGGCAUUCCGAUGAUGCCUCCGCACGCAAUGAUGGGAGCACCGCCUAGAAAUCUCUUUCCUGCCGUGAUUGUGUCAAGCGCAGCGGCUUCCCAACCGAAGCCGACGUUCCCCGCCUAUAGCAAUGCUACAAUCAGUGCACCCCCUACAACUAACAAUCCGAACGGUUCAAGCGCUCCUACAAGUAGCACGACAGAGGGACCUCAACCACCAAAACCCAACAUAGUCACUAGUGGAACAACUUCGAAAAUUAUUCAUCCUCCUGAGGAUCUAAGUUUAGAAGAAAUUCGUGCCCGCAAACCAAAAUAUCAAAGUAAACUUUCGACUGCAACGACUAAUAGACCAACCAGUGCCAGCAGUACAUCUCAAUCAACAUCAACGUCAACAACGACUGGAAGUACUACGGCGGCAGCUAUUUCAAAAGCUCAAGAAGCUGCAGCAAUGGCAGCUGUUGCGCAAGCCCAAGUUGCCCAGGCUCAGGCACAAGUUGCACAUGCCCAAGCGCAGGCGCAGGCUCAUGCUCAAGCUCAAGCGCAUGCCCAAGCCCACGCUCAAGCCCAUGCGCAUGCACACGCCCAAGCACAAGCACAAGCCGUUGCACAGCAUCAGCAUCAACAACAAAAACAAUUAGAAGACCUGAAUCGGGCGGUUAUGCUGCAAAGACUUCAAGCUGCUAGACCAGGUGGUCCCCCUCUUGGCAUGGUUCAAAUGGGUCCAGGAAUGCAAUUAGUUCAACCUAUGAUGCGCCCAACCAUGGGAAUUGGACCACACGGACAAUUGAUUAGUGGGAAUAUGAUGCGACCUGGACCACCUGGCAUGGGUGGAAUGCCUGCAGUAAACUAAUCUUAAGUUGAGUAAAAUAGCAAAAUAAAAAAGAUGCGAGGUUUGUUAGCACCUGUCCCAGGUAUGGGAGUCCCUGGAAUGGGUGUUAUGUUACCCGGCCAUCCAAUGCUCCAAAUGAUGCAGCCGCGAUUUCGGUGAUCCACUCCUCAGGGGCCAAUUUGUUUGGCUCCCAUAUUGAAUUUGCCGAUGCCAAUUAUUUAUCCGGAUGGAUGAGUCCAACCACAGAUGAUACCAACAUAUUACGCACCUUGUCCUAUAUCAACAUUUAAAACAAGUGUAUCACGCAAAAUAACAAAAACAAUGUAAUCCGGAUCCAUUGCAAUAGAAAACAACAACAACAACAGAAGCAACAGAAAGCAAGUGAAAAAGAUUUUUCUUCUCAAUAUUAUAAACUUAUUUAUUAAAAAAAAAAAAAUUAAUCACAGUAAUGUUAAAUUAAAAAAGAAAAAGAAAACUAUAUGAAAAUUAAAACAGCGUAUUUAAAAAAAUGCAAGCGAAACACCAACAACAACAAAAACAAAUAAAUAACUCCUCUUAGUUUUUGGUUUUGACUCUAAUUUCGUAUUUCUACUUUUGUUUUUUUUUUUUGACCUAGAUAAUUAUUUUAACAAAACGUAUGCAUUGAAAACUUCUCGACAAAAACUAUAAAUAGAGGAAAUAUUUGUCUGUUAAAAUAAUUAAAAAAAAAAAAAACAAAUGUUUGGGUAUGUUACUUUCAUGCAAAGCAAAGUAGCAAUUAAUUUAUUUAAAUGUUUUAUAUAAUUUAGAAAGCUUUUUAGUACACUUAGCAAUAUAAUUACAAAAUAAAAAUAAUUUGUUUGUAAAUAUUUAAAAAACAAAAAAAAACAAAACAGUCAAAAAUAUUAGCAUCCAAGUUCUUUAUUUAAUUUAAUAAUUUUCUUUUUUAAGUAGUACACAAUUUUUUCCAGUUAGUUUAUAAGAAAAUAAGAAUUUAUUAAUUUUCUGACAAAUAUCACUGUUAUACUCUUUUUUUUCUGAUGAAUUCUUAACAGGUCAAAAUGGUUUUCCUACGCAUAGAAAAUUUUUUGAGGGCGUUUUUUGUUAAUUUUCUCCUGCUACUCCUCUUCACAUCACACAUGCUUGACAGUACGUACUACUACAGCUGGUAUGUCGAAAGAAAUAAUAAAAGUUUAUCCACCCAAUUUUUCAUAUUUUUCUUCAAUAUAAAACAAAACAACUUUAAUAAAAAAAUUAAAAUUUAAACAAAAAAUAAUAAUAAUAAUUACUGUCUGGUAAGGUUUUCUCUAUUUUAUUGUUUGUAAUUUAUUUUAAUUAUAAUUUUUAUUUUGUUGUGCUGACCUUUUUCCUGUUAUUUUAUUCAUUUAUAUUUUUCUUUUUGUUUUAUAUCAUUAUCACAAGUGCAUUUAACUCUCAUGUAUUUGUUGGCUUAACGUUGUUUUAUUAAAUAUACAUUACAUUAAUAAUAUUCGUGGAAAACAUCUCUUAUAGGUAAAUUAUUUUGUGUAUAUUCCCUGCUAUUUGCGCAUAUAUACUUUCUAUAUAUAACUCCCCGGGCUUUGUUGUGUGUUUUUGCACAAGUACAAAUAAAUUGUUGUCAUUCGUUAGUUUUUUUAAUUUUUUAUUUUUAAUUAGUUAAUUUUAUAUUCAGUUAAAAUAAUAAUUCAAUAAUAAGAAUGGGUGAUGUUCAAAACUAUGAGGAAAUAGUUCGUCUUCCGGAUAAUUUAUUUGUCAAGACCCUAUUUAGUGAAAUUGUAUUGUUCUUUUUUUCUAAUUUCAAGCUUAACUGUUUUCUGAGUAUUUCGAGAAUAUGUUAUGUUAAAUAACACCUCCUUUAUUGUUUUCAAAAGCCUACAUAAAUGUUCCUUGAAUUUAAGUGAAUAUUCUAUCUUGAACAGCGUAUUCUUUGACAUGAUCUCCUGAGACUUUUUUUUCUUUAUAUAAAUGGAACGGAACUAGCAACACGAUGACUCAGCAGAAUAAGUGUUUUGAAAUAUUCGAUAUACAUCCAUUUGAUACAUAUCCAUUCAUUGGUUUUGUUUUAUAGCACAUUUUUACUGAGGAUAUGAAAGUAUAUUGCGUUUCAUGGUUGAUAAUUGUAGAACCUAAUUAGACUCUCUUUAGAUUUCAAUAACAAUAUAAAUGGUUUUCUAAUGAGAACUUGACAACUUUCCUUUUUUGCUAAUACAACGAAAACCAUUUGAGAUAUUUCAAAAAUGUCUUAUCCGCUUGAAGUGAAAGCAAAACAUUUGUGCACGGAUAUCAACUUCGUUCAAAUGGCACGUUUGUAGUGAUCGAUUCGUUCGACUUAUUUUUCGACACGGGCAUUAUUACGCAUUCAAUGUUGGCUUUGAGCUCUUCCAACGUCUUCGGCUUGUGGGCAUAACACACUUUCAAUUUCAUCAAGAAAAUGUAUAGAAGUGGUAGGACUUUAUAAUUAUUUCAUAACAUAUUUAAGUUGAAAAAAAGUUUUAAUAAACAAAAUGAAUUUCAAGUUAUUUUUUAGCAAAUAUGUAAAUACCAAAAUCAAAAACUGCUCCUUGAUUUAACAUCUCACACAUAUUCGGACAUUAACUAAAUUGAAUUGUAGUAACUUUGUAAUGGUACUUUUUUCAUCAAACGACAAUGUUAAUAACCUUUAAAGUUUCUUGCUCUACGUAAGAAUGACACCAAACCAAAAAUAAACGUCUUUAGAAAUACGAAAAUUGGUUUACCAAGACGGUAAAUCAGUACAAGAAAUAGCAAAAAUUGUGAAAUGGACCCUUUCACAGUUAAUUUAAAAACGAAAAUAAGAUUCAUAAUGUAAGCGGAAAAGUAAAAGGAAAGAAGCUUAACUUUCUAACUAAAAUUCCUUCUUAUUUUCGGCAUCUCUAUAGACUUAUUUGAAAAAGAUCGCAAUUAAAAAAGUCAGCAAAGAAACCAGCAGAAGAAGAAGCAUCACCAUCGAAGUAGUCACUGAAAUAGAAAUAGGAAACUUGAGUCUUAUAAAAAACAUAUAACACAGGAUUCGUCUUCUUGGAAUAAAGUGGAACUACAUAUUUAUGCAUUGUUAGUUAACUAUUGGAGAGAUGAAGAAUUUCACUCGAGCUACAGUGAAGCAUGACGGUGGGUUGAUCAUGAUUGCAAGUUCUGAUGUCCGGAACUAACAUGUUGUGGAAGGUAAAAUGUAUCAAAUGGCUAACAUCAAUAACUUGAAGCAAAAUUUGUGCUCCAGUGUCAUUAAAACUCGGAAUACAAGACAAUUUCAUCUCCUGCCAGGACAACUACCAAAGGCACACAUUAUGUAUAGCAGAGGUCUUGGUUAUUAUAUAACUUACUGCUCGCACUGUGUUUAAUCAUUAUACGGGUAUUCUUAGCCCAUUUAGUGCGCGCAAAAUAUAAAAAAAACUGCCCUAAGGUGGUUAAAACAUAGACAAAGUUACUUCCUGGGACGACGAGUUAAAGAAAAGAACUUUAGAAACUUUGAGGACCUUAAACAGGGCCUUCAAGAACAAUUUUAAAAAAAUGAGUCCUGAAGUAUACUAACAACUAUUCCUUCAAUAACUCGACGCUUUGAGGAAGCCCUUUAAUCGAAAGAAUACCCAACUAGGUACUAAAUAUUAAGUGUCCGAUUAUGUGUGAGGUGUAAAAUUUUAUAGUAGCUUUUGUUUCUAAUACAUAUUUGCUAACGUGCUAAAAUGUCAAAUAAAAUGGUUAUAAAGUUUUACACUUCAUUUAAUUUCUUGGAGAAAACGCAUUGUGAGAAUUUAUAUAUCAUGGGUCCGAUUAAUUCUGGGAGGCACUGCAGUUCUAAUGCAUUUGUGAACGCACUCCCAACGCAGAAUGUCUGUAGUAAACAAAAAGGUCCGACUUAGUCCGAUUUGUAUGUAAGCAGAGUUCUGGCUGCCAAAAUGCCGUCCUCCACAAUGUAAUUUUUUUGCCUCUUUACAGCAUUGAAUUCCAUUUCCAUGCUUAUUCGCUUUGUAUUUAAAAGUUUAAUGUGGUUAGUUUUCCACACAGUAUCUACAGUAGUUUCUUCAUCCCUUUAAAAACAAUAAUUUAAAUUAUUUUUAUCAAAAAAUUACAAAAUAUUUGCCAUUACUUACAUUCUUUACGAGUCAGUGCCGCUUCGUCCUUCGUCCGCUAAAUUCAGCUGCACAAUCUGCCCGACAGUUUGAUGUUUAUGAACGACGCUGUCGACAGUUUGAUGUUUAUGAACGGUAGGUACUGCAGUUCGACUAGGUUAGUUCGAUCUAAAAUCUGACUAUGAAUGCAGAUAACGAAGUUCUUAGUUGGGCUGGCGUUUAUGAAUACACCCAUAGUCUAAGAGACGUUAAAUCACACGUAAGAGGCUCCCAAUCGACUGGUCCAUUUCUUUCAUCAAACUUACUCUUCAAUAAAUCAAUUGUCCGGUUAGGCUUGUGGCACCAUCCUAUUGAAACCAAAUUUUGCCCAAGUCCUAAUAUUUCGAUUCGGGCCAUCAUCACAAUUAUUAAUAAGGGAAGGAUAAGCUGGCUAUUUCCAGGAUCUAAAAGAAAAGACCGCGUUCACAAAUUAAAUUCAAAGUUGUCAAGUCCGUAGCACGUCCUGGAAAACACGAUACAAAAUUAUGUCCAUUCAUUUGGGAUAAUGUCACAUUAUUGAACCAAAUCAACUCUGGCUUAAGGCAUGAACUUUAAAGGUUUAUAGAGAAGAAAUUGUGUGACAUGGUUGCAAAUGGCUGCAUUAAACAUAUAUUUCUCUAUUAUUAUUGGAUAAAAUUAUCCACAGAAUUUUUACAUUUUGAGAAUUAAGAACGUGAAUAAUGUCACAAGUAGUUCUUGAAAUCAAAAAACAUAUGCGCAUUUUCAAAUUUCAUUGAUAGUAAAAACUCCAGGAGAAGUUUUAACCCCGGUAGAGCCCCAAUAUCUAUUCGUAUAAAAUCCAAAAUAGGUCCCAUUCGCAAUUAAAGCCAACCUCGUUAUUUUUUCUAAGUAGUUAGAUAAAUCCCUUAAUUGUAGAAAUAACUAAAUAACAAAUGUCAUUGGUGAAAGUUAAAAUAAAUAAACAGAAUAACGAAAUAUUUAAUUAUGAAUUGCAGCUUUCAACUUGGUUUUAUUAGUCGCACAAUGAGUUUAAAAUUUUUGUUUGCCUAAAGUAAAAUUUUUAAAUGUUUCUUUUCAUUCGAAAUAAAAAUAAAAAUAAAAAUAAAAAUAACUAAAGUUCUUGAUUCGAUUUCCAACUUAAAAGAGUAACUCUUGAAACUUUCGACUUCAUGAUAAACAGCUUAGAUUAUCCGUUUAGAUUCGUAAUAAAGUUGGUCUCCUCCAUUUCUAACAAAAACAAGCACACUUGAGAGGCACACAUAAAUGCUCAAUAAUGGGAACAAUAUAAACAUCAGAAUAACCUCCACUAAUAUAAUACAUUUUUCUUGCAUGUAAUGCCUUUGAAUUUCAUGAAAAACAUAAAAAUAUCCGGCUCAGGUUUGAUAUUCAAAACUUUUGUUUUUGCUUACCGAGUUCGUUAAGACAUUCAAACAAAUUUUAUCCUGAAAAUAUAGGAAAUAAUUUUCAAAAUAUUUUUCUUGCAUUCUUACUAAAUGUGUCAAUUUAUAUUAAAUAAUUUUUGGUGAAGGUAGAUUUUUAUUAGUCUAUAGAUUCCAAAUCUUUAAAACUCAAAACUCAAAUACCUAUUUCAAAGAAGUUUAUUGGUUGUUUCGUGAUAUCUCAAGGUAAGAUAUUUAACAACAAAAUAAAAGUGUUUUUGUCUUCUUCUUUUAUUCUUUUUAUACCAUCGUCGCACACAAAAUAAUAAUAAUAUCAUUGUAAGUACUUUUAUUUCUACAAUAUUUGCAUACUCGAUUUUGUAAAUUAACUUUCUUUUUUUCCCAAAACCUUAUUACGGCGAAAUAAUUCUGUGAAAAAAAAGGAGAACCAAAAUAAACAGCUAAGCAUACUUUAUUUAUUAUUUCAUACAUAAAUCUAAUUACUAUACAUUUCUAAUUAUAAAUGUUUUCACUAUUGUUGUGUUGAAAUUUAUUAUAAAAAUGUAUAAAUGAACAAAAAAUGAGAAUAGAAAAUAAAAAAACCGUUUUCGAAAUUUAUUUUCAAAACAAAAAAUGACAUUCAAAAAAUUAUAUGUUGCGAUUGCACGCUUUAAAUUUAUAUAUUUAUUAAAGAAUACAAAAUAGAAUUAUUUUCAGAAGAACUAUCUUCUAUUUAGAAAAAGGUAUUCCCUGAUAUUUUUAUUUGUUUAACUGUGUAGAUUUUAGAAGUAAACAAUUAGGGAAUGGAUUGUUUUAUUAUUUUCUUUUAGGAAAAUUAUGAUUUAUGUCCCACUCUAUGCUAAUUAUUUACACUAUUUUGGAAACUCUUUCUCAUAUUUUGUUUUGUUGUAAUUAUUGGAGUGCUAAAUCCUUUAUUGUUUAUUUGAUAUAAAUUAUGUAAACCUGACAUUUUAAAUGCAUUGCAAGUUUCGAAAAGUACAAGUGUCCCUACCAUUUUCUUUAAAACAUUAAUAGGCCGCCCCAUUGGCAUUUCAUGAUGUGUCAAUUCACUGUUCCAGCUAAAAUACAUUUUCUUCAUAGAUCUUACUUCUAAGAGGAGUAAACUUUAACCUAAUAUGAAUAAAUGAUUUGUUUAAAAAUAUUUUAUGUAACGGCUUAUAGUUUUCAAAAAAGUUUCCGAUCUGUGCUAAAAUUAAAAAUUGCAUUUUCAUGUCGCAGGAUACCAGAAUUGGUAUAGGGUAUCUUAAAGGGAAUAGGAACCUCUUCCCACAUUAAAAAUCAAAGAGUAGCCUUUCAUCAAAGAGUUACAUACAGUCUGUUACAUAAGAGCGUGGUCACUGUUAAAUAAUAACAACAAUUGAUUUUUCAAAAAAUUCGCAAAUUUAUUGAUAAUUUGAUCGUCAAUGCAAUUAACUCACUAGUAACUUUAAUCUCGUGCAUUGUCAAUUAUAGCCUAUCACUGUCGGGGCAUACUUUCCACUAGUUUUUCCGCAUAUUCUACCAAAAAAGACCUCCAAAUAUUUCGAAUUUGUCGAGAAAGUUGAUCUAAAUUGCAUGGCUUCCGUCUGCGAAACUGCAUUUUCAUCAGAGCCCACAUAUUUUCUAUGAGAUUUUCAUCCGGUGACUGAGAUGGCGAAUCUAAAGUGAGAACUUCGUUUUGCGCCUUCCACACGCUACACGCUCGACUCCGAUGUUUUGGAUCUAGUCCUCUUGAAGGAUCCAGCAUUCAUUUUUCUUAAUAUACCAUUGCUUAGCAGAAGGUAACAAAGCCUUUUAAUAUAUUUUAUUCAUUUUUUCAGCAUUUAAAUUCCCGGUAAAUAAGAACAAAGUACCGAAACCUGUGUUUGAGAAGCACCCCCAACCAUGGACCUUGACGGGGUGUUUAACAGUCCGUUGAAGCAUCCUACUCGUGGAGGUUGUCCAGGCGUGUUUGAUGCUCGAAAAUGCCCAGAAGGAGCAUUCAUCAGAAAAAAUUACGUUGCUCCAAUCGCGGUCCAAGUUUUCCUUCUCCCAUUCCACUCGUUUUUCAACGUGUUUUGCACUCAACAUUGGUUUUUCCAAAGUACUGCGAUACUUCAGUUUAUUGGCAAGCAAGUGCCUGCAAAUCGUUCCGUACGAUAUGUCAACACUUUUUGGUUUCAAUUUCACAGCAGCUUCACGUAAAAUUAAAGUUGGAUCUUUCGAGAACAAUGUGAGAAUAUUUGUUUCGUCUUUUUUGAGACUUUGCGUGAUCAGGAAAAUCAUCAACGUUAACGACCUUUUUAUAGCGACUUAUACACUUGCUAAAGAACUGCUUCGACUUUCCCAUAUAUUUCGUAGCAGCAGUUUGCGUUAAUUUGGGUCCUUUUUAUGCAAACAUAGAAAAAUUGCCUGAAUGCAACAGCACUCAAUUGAAAACUAAAUUUGACAGACAGCUGACUUUUUACAAAAAGCAUGAAGCACCUCAGUAGGUGCCCUUUAUGUCAUAGAAAAAGAAAUAGGACUCUGAUUUUCUACCUACGUGUAAUAGUGGCCACGCUCUUAUGUAACAGACUGUAUAACUUUUCUCAUCUUGAAAAAUGCUUGUAUUAUGAAUCCUUAAGUGGCUCAACAUCAGCUUACUAAUUAUCCUAUGAUUCUGAAAACGCAGUUUGCAGUUGCUUAGGGUGCAGCUAGCACAUGUUUUUGAAAACUUCAAAUUUAUAUUUCUGGUAUCCCAACAAGCCAUACAAAUAUGUAGAGCAGUCAGAAAUAAUCAAGUUUUGUCGUUUUAAUGUCUAAUUUUUUUAAGGACCAGUUACUUAAACCAAAUAUAGAUUAUGGCGGAUCAAUAAGUAAUGUUGCUUCCAUGUCAGCAUCACAGAUGCCUGCAUCUUCAACUUUUCUUAUUACUAAUAAACAAGAGCUGGAUAAAGAUUUACACAAGGCUGAUCACACUCAAGAUAAAUACAUUCAUGAAAAUUAAUGUUGGUUAAAGCUUUGGCAUAUCGUGUUUUAACAUGUCUACAUUUUUUGAUAAAGGAACAACCUUUGACUGAGUUAAGUUAUUUUCUUAUGUUUAGACUUUUGGCUCAACACGAAGCCAAUUGUAGAUUCCAGUUUAGAGUCACUUUGAAGGGAAUGGUACGAUACUAAAUAUUUUUUUCUUCUCACGUAAUAAACACAAUUACUAAUUAUUUCAAGGUUUUAAGCUUAAAUAUUUACAUACUAAAGUUCUAAUUUUUCUACUUCGCAUAUUUUAUUGAAAGGGCUUAUUUUUCAAACUUGCUAACUUUUUUGAAUCUAAUUUUAUUUUAAUUUGUCUGUAUUUCGAAUUUAAAUUAUUUCAUUUCGAAAAUUCAAUUGGAAACUUUAAAACUGGAAAUUUGUAUUAAAAUUGGCUUUAUUUUGAUGAAAUAAAAACGUGGUCUUAAAAUUUCACGCUUAAGCCUAGUACAUACUUCCUCGUGAAGUGAACGUUCGCCAGUGGAGAAAGUGAACUUUUGACAUUGCUCACUGGUACACACUUGUGAGUACAAGUUGUGAACAUUUGACGUUUCAAAAACACUCUAAUGAAGACAUAAAAUGCUGUUUUUGAGAGGCCAACAUCGUCAACUUCAUCAGUUGAAUCUUCAAAUAGGUAUUCUAUUUCAUAUGACACCAUUUUAACUUUUUUUUUUAGAACAACGCUCAAGCAGCCACAAACUUUAAAAUGCGUAAACCAAAUGUCAAAGCUUCACCAACAGUUCCCGUACAUUUUGCACGUGAAUUGCCCGUGAACGAAAACUCUCCACUUUGUUCUCCACUCAGCUUCACGAGCAAGUUCACGGGUGAACCAAAAACUGAAAUUUGUAUGGGUUCACGAGAUGGUUCACAAGUAUGUACUAGGCUUAACAAGGUUAGCCGCAUCCCAAAAUUGUAGACACAAGACACAAGUACAUAUGUGUAUAGAUAUUCCCUUAAAACGGAUAGUUUUCAAAGCCACGUAUGGGGCGAAAUUUAAUCGAUGAAAUUUAUAAAGUAGAGGUUAAUCUUUAAAUGAAAAUUAAACAAAAAGGAUUUCCCACUGCAUUAAUUACCUUCCUUAUUUGUCUUCUUUCUAACAGUAUCUCCCCCCUGUCCACAUUUUUUCAAAUAAACUAAUCAACAAAAACAAAAACAGCACUUGUGUUCCCUUCAUUCUUAAUUUUGGGUAUUGCUAUAUUUUUGCAGCUAAAAUAAAAAAAAAUAAAAAAUAAUAAUAAUUUGUAUUUUAAAAAAGCACGUUAAUAUUACGAAAAUAUAUAUUAUAGGUAUUUCAUCUUAUAUAAUAUACAUGACAAGUGAUGUUCUUAAUUCUCGUCUCAACGGUAGAAUUUUGAAUAUUCGCAAAAUUGAUGUUGGACUUUUGUCUAAGUAAAAUUUAGACGAAUGUACCUCACCGUUUUCCAGACAAAUACAAUACAUUCAUUAUGUACAAAAUUAUUAUAACUAAUAGUAUUUAUGUGAAUAUUAUUAUAUUUUUAUAAUAUAUUAAUAUAUACAACACCAGUGUUUGCCAAAAGUAAAACUUACAUAUAUUUCUCUAUUUCUCUAUAAACCUAUCUCUGUUUCUUGAAUGUGUAGGAAUGUCUAAAAGUAGGCAUAAAUACUCGUAUAUAUUCGUAAUUAAAUAUUAAUUGUAGAAAAAAUGCUUUCUUUUUAAUUUAAUUUUUAAAUUUAAAAUUAAGAACCGCUUCAAUAUAUUUAUAUAUCCAUAAAUUUAAUUUAUGUCUGGAAAAGAUGGGCGACAAGCAAGUAGAUGGAUCGUGAUGUUCAUUUAAAUAAAAAACAAAAUAUAAAUUAAGAACAAAACGCCAUUUAAAGUUUGUCACAUUGGUUUUGUUGAUCGAGAAAUACCUUAUGGGCUAAAUUAUUUUAAAAAGUUUAGUUUUUCUUAUCAAAUUUUUUGCAAAUAAUUUAACCCACAAGUAAAUACAUUCACUUUACAUUUGUUGGGAAUUAUUAUUAACAAAAACUAUUGGAUUUCUCGGUCCUUGUCAUUCUAUAUUAUAUACAAAAUAAAAAAAAACUACAACAAAAACAUAAUGAAAUUAUAAAAUCAAAACAUGUUUCUGUAUUAUUGUAAGGUAAUAAAUAAAAAGAUGAGUAGAAAGUUUUAAAAAAUAAUAUGCGAAUAGUGAAAGAAAAAAAUAUUAAUUUAUUUUUGAGAUUUGUUUCUUUUAUUUUUGUGAUCAAUGUCGCAUCUGCCUUUUCUCCGUUCCCAAUGAGAAAAUUUUAAUUUUAUUUUUCUUUAAUUUAAAUAUGGUUGUUUCGUUGCAGAUUGCUAAUUAAGUAUUUAAUUUGUUUACUUAUUUUGUCUGUGUUUUACUUUAACUUAAAAAAAAAAUACAAUUACAAAUCUCAGGACGUAUGAGGUCAUGUAUAUUUUAUUCACCUAAAUUUAGAAAUGUUUAAUGUUUAAAUAACAAUAAAAAAAUACAUUCAUUGACUACAAAUAUUAAAUUAAUUAAAAUUAUUACUAUUAUUAUUAUUAUUUUUAAUCUUAUGACAUUUAAUAUUACAAUAAUUAAUUAUUAAAAAUCAGAAAUAAUAAAA